AUGGAGGAAUCAUCGGGAAAUGGGCAAGAGGAGUCCGAUGGUGAUGAAGACGAGGAAAUGGAUGCAGAAGGAGAGAAAGAGGAAGAAUCAUAUGAGGGAGAGGAGCUGGAAGAGGACAUGGAAGAGGUGACAGAAUCGGACAAUGGAGAGGAAGAGGAGGUUGAUAGAGAGGUAGCUCGUAGAGCAGAGCAGAGAAGAAAUGCCCUGUUCCAUUCACUUUCUACUGAUUCAAACAAUUCUCUGUCUGAUUGGUCCCCUCAUCGUUACCUUUGCAACUGGACUGGUGUUGCCUGCUCUUCUCGUCAUCAGCGUGUGGUUUCCUUGAAUCUCACAGCUAUGUCUGUAGCUGGCACCAUCUCUCCUUUCCUUGGUAAUCUCUCAUUUCUCAGAGUACUCGCUCUCAAGAAUAAUAGCUUUCAUGAUCACAUUCCUUUUCAACUGGGGAAGCUUUUUCGCCUUAGAAUACUUCGAUUGUCUAAAAAUAAAUUGGAAGGCUCCAUUCCCUCCACUCUGGCUAACUGUCAUUCUUUGCAACGUCUCAUACUAUCCUUUAACCUUUUGAAUGGAAGUAUACCUUCCCAGCUUGGCCUUCUUUCACAUUUAGAGAUGCUUGCUCUAGGAGUAAACCGACUAACAGGCAUAAUCCCGCCUUCUCUGGGAAACCUGUCAUCUUUAGUUGACUUGGAGUUGGGGGAAAAUGAGCUCUAUGGUGAUAUUCCCUUUGAACUUGGCAUGCUUACUCAAUUCAAAGUACUUUUUCUUCAUUUCAACAACUUGACAGAGUGA